UCGUCAACUAAAAAUAGCGAGGUAUUGAUCAUAUUUUGGCCUGAUUGCAUUCCUGAGUUUUCACCAAGGUCCUAGGCCUCAAUAUCUCGAUUAUUGGAAAAAGGACGACUAGGGAAGCAAAGUCAAGUGGUACGAUGGUAAAACGGAUUAGUUUUGUUAGGUUUCUGAUAUUUCACAACAAGAAGAGUUGUACAUCAAAACAUGAUGUAACAUUCGCGUGAUUGUUAGCUAUUAUAACACGUCGGGGUAUUUAAUUAAACUGAAUUGUUCCCCUUUCCGCGCAAUGUGGUCAGAAAAACGCGCGUUUCGAAAACGGCGCAGAGACCCGCUGUUUGCGAACUAUAAAUAAACGACUUUCAGCGCUGCGCACAUAGCUUUGCACGUACCAGCUCUGAAGUAUCGACUGACAUUUUGCAGUUCGAGGAUGUAGUGCUUCACAAACACGUACGUGUUAGAGUCCUUUCAUCAACGAAAAGUAGGUGGAUUCGAUGUUUCGAUAUAUUUUCAGUCUGCCAGCAUUUGGAAAUGAUUUAAUAGUUUGGCAUCCUGCCGGGCUGAAAUUGGCUGGGGGCAUGCGAGGAACAGGCGAGACGAAUAUUGCGUUGAGUGAAUGUUGUAAUAUGAAACGAGACACUUCGCCCCAUGCAAGUGCGAUAAGAGGAUCACAUCACUGACCAAGGCAGGUAUAAAUUGCGUAGCUCUCCUGUUAUAAGGUCAUAUUUUCCGCAAGCUUUGCGUCAGAUCAGAUAAUUGUAAUCGCACGAGCGAGAAUAACAGACUAGUUUACAACAUCACUCAGAUACCAAAGAUGGAGCAAGGAAGGCAAAUUGUGUCCUUGGUCUUACUGGCAGUUGUUUCUGCCCUGUUGUCGGUUAGCGAGACAAGAAGUAUUGCAUCAAUGGAGCAGCACAACAUCAAGAAGAGAUCGCUUUACGAGGAAACCUGCCCGCCGCCAUACAUCAUUGAGGUGACGGAACAGUGCAACGAUUCCUGUUUCGAUGACGACUACUGCGUUGGAAACCAAAUGUGUUGUUUUGAUGGAUGCUCGUAUGUGUGUAUGGACCCAGUUCCCUCUGUGCCAGUUAUUGACUGGAUUGAUCAAGACGAGACUAUCUCAGAAAUAAGAGCAGAACAAUUAGAGGUGGUGACGCCCAUCGUAGAGGAACUUGGCUGUUAUUAUCAUGGCAUGACGUUAAGCGACGGCGAAAGAAUUCCUCUUGGCUGCAAAUUAUGCUCUUGUUUCAAUGGUAAUCUCAUGUGUGACGUUUCAAACUGCAACAAAGAGUACCAAGCCCGCCUUGCUUUAGAGCGCAGCGGCUCGGGGUCUGGAGACGAUGAAGAUGACGAUGAUGAUGAUGGAGUGAAAGGCGAAGGAUCUGGGGACGACAAUUGGUAUCAACUAGAAGGCGUGAAAAGCAAACAAGACUUCAUUCCUUUUGAGGAACUCCAUAAAAAAGAAAACAGUGGGGUUGAGAUGAAAGAGGGUUUUAUUCCAUUUGACGCAGAUCACAGCGGUAUUGAACAAAGUGGUGAGGAAGACAACAAACACCAUGCUGUGGACAGAGGAGAAAAUUUUAUUUCAUUUGACGCAGAUCACAGCGGUAUGGAACAAAGUGGUGAGGAAGGCGACAAACACAAUGUUGAGGACAGAGGAAAAAAUUAUAUUCCAUUUGACGAGGAAACGGACAACGCACAGAGUGGGGAUAAUGCCGCUUAUUUUGCUAGAAGGAGACUCUAGCGAGUGUCCGGACACAGUCUUUAUCGAUACGUGUCACACAAUCUAUAUCGAUAAGUGUCACACAAUGUCAGUGUCCAACAAGUAACAACUCGUCACGAGUUAUAAGUAAGCACCUUCCUUGACACGAAUACCGACUUGUCUAACCAUUAAAUACACAGAGGAGUGCGUGACCCUAACGUCACCAAGAACAUGACUUCAAGGCAGUGCAGAGUGUUAUAGAAUAAAAUUUUAUAAUUGAAGCAGUAAGGUAACGUAAGUCGUGUCACGGCCUGUAAAUAGAUAUUCUGCGAGAGAAUUCAAUGUACAUAUUCCAAAGAAAUCGUAAAUUACAGAGUAUGCGGCGUAUCGCAUAUUCAGACACUGUUACUUUCCGAAUGAAACCCUAGUAUAAAAUCCACAUACUCAAUGAGGUGUACAUAUAUAAAGUAUUCUUUGUAGUUUGGUUCUACUCGUUUAUAGGUCUACCUGGUAAGAGCAAUACUAAAUAAAAAGACAAAGGUUCAAGAA